CUGACGUGACGCUCCAGCCCAGCCCAUCCUGCGAUGCAACGCCGCUGUGCGCCCUGCAGUCUCACAGAGAAAACAAUAUUCCCACGCGUCAAGGACUAGCAGCUCGCUUAUCCACGGCUACAUAUGCUUUACAUCGAAAACAGACCUACUGUCGAACAACUGCGGCAAGAUGUACCACUCUGACCACGGUGUUGACUUCCCCGACCUCUCCUUCCAAAUCCCUGGCAGCCUUGCAGAAAUAGGCCCAACAAACAGGGUGUGAACACAACCUUCAACACACCACACAUCUUCUUUUUCCUUCACCCACACAGGGCCUCCCUUUGCUCCAGUCCCACCCUCCCUCCUCCUGGACCAUGGACAGUCCUCCUAAGUUGUCAGGCGAGACCCUGAUCGUGCAUCAUAUUCCCCUGGUGCACUGUCAGGUGUCAGGAGGACGGCAGGCGGGCUGCGGUGGCUCGCUGAAGAGAAGCAACCCAUUUAUCCCACCGGAGAACCUGGGCUUGAGUCGCACCACUUCUCUUCCUGAGAGAGACGUUCUUCAGAGAGAGGCACUGCUCUACAGUAGCCUGAUCCAGACCUCCAGCGGGUCUUGUUCCUCCCACAAUGGAGGAAGCGAGAGGAAGGUUGGUGGGAGAGGAGGCAGCACAGCAAGUGAUGAUUCAUCGUUUACCUCGAGCAAUUCAGAGGACCAGCUGAUUGCAGCACACACAUUACCCAGAGCCAAACCGAGAAACAGGAAUCCAUUGCGUCAUAAUCCAUUCCUGCUGAAUACCGAAGAUGACGAGGAUGAAGAAGAGGAGGAGGAGGAGGAUGGUGACAACCUCAGUGGUUACCUUGAAGACUCCUCUUUUCACCUCCACAGUGACACAAACUCUGCCCUCAAUGAUGGGAUGGCUUCUUUUCACUUACACAAACUUGGCUUUGCUUCUGAGCCCUUUCUUUUGCACAGCUCAGUGGGUGGAAGCAGUCCAGAGUCUCUGAGGGGUGUAGCCUCUGAUCUCUCCAACCACCUGGAGAUUUUAGGACUCGAUAGCCAGCGGCGCCACGGAAGCAGCGGUUCCAACAUGUCCAUGGAUUGCGGAGAGCAAGACUGGGGUGACGACGAAGAAGAUGAAGAUCAUCCUAUGAGGUGUGGGCGGAGCAGCAAGACCGGUUCGUACUCCUCCAGCUCCUCCACGCAGCACUGCUCGUGCUGUGCACUCUCCCAGAACUACCCUCAGCACUUCCCUGAAGCCUUCCUGGAGCCUUUCUCAGAGUGCCAGCAAGGCUACGGCAGCGACUCCUCUUGCAACAGCUCAGAUGGUGUGCUCGUAAACUUCAGCGCUAUCUACAACAAGAUGAACAACAGCAUCCCGGAGAAGCCACCGGUGUCUGGGCACACCAACCUCAACAGCUCCACUGACCACUCCUGCACCUCAUCUGUUUCUGAUCCAUCAGGAAACCAGCGAGACUCAACCACAGGGGCUUUCUAUUUGGACCUUCACACCUCUCCCACUGAACCUCCCCUAUCACAGCAACAACCCUCCUGCCUUGGCAGCACCUUUCCUCUCAUCCGUGAACCUCACCUGUCCACCUCCUCCACCUGCUCCUGUGCAGUGGAGCACCAUGGGGCUCUUGACCUCGACGCCAACUGCAACUCCUAUCACCCUGCGCAUUCUGGUUCAACCGGAGACCUUGCGUCCUGUCUGCAGAGUGAGGCGCGCCUGGUUGUCGCCACACAGAACUACUACAAACUGGUCACCUGUGACCUUUCGUCCCAGUCGUCCCCGAGUCCCGCAGGCUCCUCGGUCAACAGCUGCUCCGAUGAGCACAGCAAGGGCAGCCCCACCCCAACACAGCCUAGCGAGUACUUCCUGUUCAGGCAGCGAGCUGAUGAGGAGGGAAUGUACGAAGAAGAUGAAGAUAGAGAGUCACCUAGGAGAGAUGAUGGUGAUGAUCAUGGAGAGGACGAGGAGGAGGAGGAGGAGGAGGAGAAGAAGAAGAAGAACCAGCAGGCAGCUGGUGGAGCUGAAGCUGCUCCUGCCGUGAUUGAAGGCCAGGUGUACGUCAACAUCUCCCCUCCUGUGGCUGGCCGGGGAGUUAUCGGAGGUGGAGCCUCUUCAGGAAGCCGUCCUCGUUCUCGCAGCUACGACCGCAACCUGGACAAGUCUCCAUCUCCUCGGCUCGGCUCUCUGGAGCGUAUGUUGAGCUGCCCCGUCCGGCUCAGCGAGGGCGCCGCGCCAACCCCACCUCCUCCUCCAAGAGUCACGUCCUUCGCAGAGAUCGCGAGAAGCAAGCGGAGAAACGGCGGUACAGGGGGGUCACCAUCGCUGAAGGCGGCUGCAGACCCUUUCUCCUCCACUUACUCCACCCACUCACUCUCCUCGGUGGAUUUCUCUCCGAUCCUGGAGCAGCGUGUGGAGGUUGACAGUCACAUCCUGUCACCUCUUCCCUUUACCAGAUGUUACAGUCAGGGCAGCAUUGAGCGACACCUGGAGGGGGCGAGGGAGACCAGGGCCAGGGCCGAAGGUGGUCUCUCGAGUUCCUCAGACAGCAGCCCGGCGGUGGUCCGCUACAGAAAGGACCAGCGGCCCACCACCCUCCCCAUUCAGCCCUUCACCUUCCACCACCAGUUCGCCUCCAAACCCCCGCAGCCCAAGCCUCUACUGCCCCUGCUCACAGGCUACGUCUCGGGGAUGCAGGCCCGCUCCAGCUCUGGUUCUGACUCUGGAGGUCAGGUGGGGGAGGACAGUGAAGAUCCAGCUGAAAAUGUGCACAGGUACCAGGGGACUCUGGCUGCAGCAGGCCCUCCUCCCGGCUCAGUUCGUCCUUCACCUCUUGGGAGCUACUCUCCAGUUCGGCUGCAGGGGGCGCCCAGCUCUGGGAGCUGCUCCACCUGCACCCCAAGCCCUCAGCCACCACACAGCCUCUCCUGCCCGCUUUCAGCAGGCCUCGGCCCCCUGCACACCCCACCCACAGGGAAGCAGGGAGGGGGUUCAGUGCCCUUAUCGUCUACCCCUCCACCUCCAUCCCUGGGGGUGAAGAGAGGGACAGUGCCGCCAGUGCUGCCGGCGGUGCAGGGACACUGUUUCCAUCGUGGAGCUCUGGCCAGUUUACCAGCACUCCACAGUGACACACUGAGCCCGCUGGGCUGUCUGGACUCUGGAAAUCACAUGGAGGCAAGCAAAGGACCCGGAGCCAGGACACAUAAUGCACACCACCUCUCUCCCCAGGCUCUCAAAUGGAGGGAGUACCGUCGUCGAAACCCUCUGGGAGUGGAGAGGGUCUCGGCAUCAUGCCCCCACUCUGGUAACCUGGAACCCCGAAGGGGCGGGGGACCACGACCUGCAAGACGGAACGUGUUCGAUUUCCCUUCAGCCCUCUCUGGCCACACGCUGGGACGGUUAAAUGUGGGCCAGUCAGCUAAGCUGCAGCACAGCUACAGCGACUUCCUGCCAGACUACUUCUCCCUGACAGAGAAGCCUCCCGAGGAGUUCUGCCUCUCCCCCGACGCUUCAACUUCCUCAUCCUCAUGCUCUUCCACACAGUCCCACAUCUCUGUGGACCUGACACAGAAGAGAGGUUUGGUGAAAGCCGUGAACACAGCAGUGGAUCUGAUUGUCGCACACUUCGGCACCAGUCGAGACCCAGAUGUAAAGGCUAAGCUGGGGAACAGCUGGGUGAGUCCCAAUGUGGGUCACCUCAUUCUGAAGUACCUGUGUCCGGCCCUGCAUGAGGUUCUGCAGGACGGUCUGAAGGCCUACGUACUGGACCUGAUCAUCGGACAGCGGCGUUGUCAGCCCUGGAGCCUGGUGGAGGCCUCCACGCAGCUGGGCCCGUCCACACGUGUCCUCCACAGCCUGUUCUCAAAGGUGAGCCAGUACUCCGAGCUCACAAGCCACAGAAUGAGACUCAACGCCUUCAUCUUCGGCCUGCUCAACCUAAAAUCUUUGGAAUUCUGGUUCAAUCACCUCUACACACAUGAAGAUAUUAUAGCAGCACACUACAACCUGUGGGGUUUCCUUCCCCUGUCGCAGGGGGCAUGUCAGCCACUCUUUGAGGAGCUCCUCCUCCUGCUGCAGCCGCUGUCGCUCCUCCCCUUCGACCUGGACCUGCUUUUUGAACCGCAUCUCCUCCAAAAGGGCCAGGAGCAUCUCCGUCGCAAGGAGCAGCUGUGCUCUGCAGGCCAGAGUGUAAACCAGUCAACUCGAUCCACCUUCCAGCUCAUGAGAGGAUGGAGCACCACUGUGAGCGAAAUGGUCAGAGACUCAAGUGCAGAGGUGAAGAAAGAGAGGGCGGUGCUGAGACGAGAGGGAACAUGGCCGAGGAUGGAAGGGGUCGGGUCGAGGAGAGAGGGAGCAGGGGGGAAUUCAAGGUUAAAGAAAGAGGGGGCGACAGCUGAGAGCAUGACAUCCGGGCCUGUAAGUAGACCAGCAAUGACGGAAGUAGGGUUUGCCAAUCUCUGGAAGGAGAGGGGAAUGGGUGGUCAAAGAGUGAAAGGUGUAGGACAAGAGAGCCAAGGAGAAGGUGAAUAUGGACAAGAGAAGGACAGGGGGAAGGAAAAAGAAAAAGAUAUGGCAGACGAGGGGCGUCAGCGGCAAGAUAGACAGGCGGGUUGGUGGUACCAGCUCAUGCAGUCCUCCCAGGUAUACAUUGACCAAUCCACAGAGGGGUCAAAGUUUGUCAAGACUGAGAAGAGGAAGAAGUCAUCAGAGAGACGACAGGGCCAGCUACCGCCUACCAGGGAGGGAGUGGUGGAGGGGGCAGAGUCAGUCCAAGAAGGGGAGGGGCAUCGAAGCAGGAAAAGCAGCAGUAGCUCUAGUGCAGAGUCAGCUGGAUCCAGGGGAAGGCCUUCAUGGAUGGGCAGCCCGCCAGAUUCUGUUGUCAACCAGGAGAAGGAGCCCAAACCACUGAAGGUUACAGGGACUGGAGCCCAAGCUGCAGCCCAAGAGGAAAGCCCCUCUCAGGGACAGAGUCUGCGCUGGGGCAGGCUCUUUGGAUCUAGUGUUGGUACUCCUUCGAGGGUGGAGGGAGCUGAGCAGAGGGCAAAAACUCAAACGAUCAGCUCUCACAGUGGUCUCUCGAGUUCCUCAGACAGCAGCCCGGCGGUGGUCCGCUACAGAAAGGACCAGCGGCCCACCACCCUCCCCAUUCAGCCCUUCACCUUCCACCACCAGUUCGCCUCCAAACCCCCGCAGCCCAAGCCUCUACUGCCCCUGCUCACAGGCUACGUCUCGGGGAUGCAGGCCCGCUCCAGCUCUGGUUCUGACUCUGGAGGUCAGGUGGGGGAGGACAGUGAAGAUCCAGCUGAAAAUGUGCACAGGUACCAGGGGACUCUGGCUGCAGCAGGCCCUCCUCCCGGCUCAGUUCGUCCUUCACCUCUUGGGAGCUACUCUCCAGUUCGGCUGCAGGGGGCGCCCAGCUCUGGGAGCUGCUCCACCUGCACCCCAAGCCCUCAGCCACCACACAGCCUCUCCUGCCCGCUUUCAGCAGGCCUCGGCCCCCUGCACACCCCACCCACAGGGAAGCAGGGAGGGGGUUCAGUGCCCUUAUCGUCUACCCCUCCACCUCCAUCCCUGGGGGUGAAGAGAGGGACAGUGCCGCCAGUGCUGCCGGCGGUGCAGGGACACUGUUUCCAUCGUGGAGCUCUGGCCAGUUUACCAGCACUCCACAGUGACACACUGAGCCCGCUGGGCUGUCUGGACUCUGGAAAUCACAUGGAGGCAAGCAAAGGACCCGGAGCCAGGACACAUAAUGCAGUGGGCCAGUCAGCUAAGCUGCAGCACAGCUACAGCGACUUCCUGCCAGACUACUUCUCCCUGACAGAGAAGCCUCCCGAGGAGUUCUGCCUCUCCCCCGACGCUUCAACUUCCUCAUCCUCAUGCUCUUCCACACAGUCCCACAUCUCUGUGGACCUGACACAGAAGAGAGGUUUGGUGAAAGCCGUGAACACAGCAGUGGAUCUGAUUGUCGCACACUUCGGCACCAGUCGAGACCCAGAUGUAAAGGCUAAGCUGGGGAACAGCUGGGUGAGUCCCAAUGUGGGUCACCUCAUUCUGAAGUACCUGUGUCCGGCCCUGCAUGAGGUUCUGCAGGACGGUCUGAAGGCCUACGUACUGGACCUGAUCAUCGGACAGCGGCGUUGUCAGCCCUGGAGCCUGGUGGAGGCCUCCACGCAGCUGGGCCCGUCCACACGUGUCCUCCACAGCCUGUUCUCAAAGGUGAGCCAGUACUCCGAGCUCACAAGCCACAGAAUGAGACUCAACGCCUUCAUCUUCGGCCUGCUCAACCUAAAAUCUUUGGAAUUCUGGUUCAAUCACCUCUACACACAUGAAGAUAUUAUAGCAGCACACUACAACCUGUGGGGUUUCCUUCCCCUGUCGCAGGGGGCAUGUCAGCCACUCUUUGAGGAGCUCCUCCUCCUGCUGCAGCCGCUGUCGCUCCUCCCCUUCGACCUGGACCUGCUUUUUGAACCGCAUCUCCUCCAAAAGGGCCAGGAGCAUCUCCGUCGCAAGGAGCAGCUGUGCUCUGCAGGCCAGAGUGUAAACCAGUCAACUCGAUCCACCUUCCAGCUCAUGAGAGGAUGGAGCACCACUGUGAGCGAAAUGGUCAGAGACUCAAGUGCAGAGGUGAAGAAAGAGAGGGCGGUGCUGAGACGAGAGGGAACAUGGCCGAGGAUGGAAGGGGUCGGGUCGAGGAGAGAGGGAGCAGGGGGGAAUUCAAGGUUAAAGAAAGAGGGGGCGACAGCUGAGAGCAUGACAUCCGGGCCUGUAAGUAGACCAGCAAUGACGGAAGUAGGGUUUGCCAAUCUCUGGAAGGAGAGGGGAAUGGGUGGUCAAAGAGUGAAAGGUGUAGGACAAGAGAGCCAAGGAGAAGGUGAAUAUGGACAAGAGAAGGACAGGGGGAAGGAAAAAGAAAAAGAUAUGGCAGACGAGGGGCGUCAGCGGCAAGAUAGACAGGCGGGUUGGUGGUACCAGCUCAUGCAGUCCUCCCAGGUAUACAUUGACCAAUCCACAGAGGGGUCAAAGUUUGUCAAGACUGAGAAGAGGAAGAAGUCAUCAGAGAGACGACAGGGCCAGCUACCGCCUACCAGGGAGGGAGUGGUGGAGGGGGCAGAGUCAGUCCAAGAAGGGGAGGGGCAUCGAAGCAGGAAAAGCAGCAGUAGCUCUAGUGCAGAGUCAGCUGGAUCCAGGGGAAGGCCUUCAUGGAUGGGCAGCCCGCCAGAUUCUGUUGUCAACCAGGAGAAGGAGCCCAAACCACUGAAGGUUACAGGGACUGGAGCCCAAGCUGCAGCCCAAGAGGAAAGCCCCUCUCAGGGACAGAGUCUGCGCUGGGGCAGGCUCUUUGGAUCUAGUGUUGGUACUCCUUCGAGGGUGGAGGGAGCUGAGCAGAGGGCAAAAACUCAAACGAUCAGGCCACCAUCAGGUUGGCUUUCUCUGGAUAGGUCUGUUCUUGACCUUGUAGCUCAGACUAUUGGAGCAGGGAGUGGGAAGAAGGCAGAGCCUCCAAUCACACCCACUCACACCCAAACAACACCUCCACUAAGGUCAACCCAACCAACUGAAGCCAAAACACAGUCUCCGUGUGAAGUACGAGCACUGUGCCAUCACAUAGCCACCGAGCCCGGCCAGCUGAGCUUCAACAAGGGCGAUAUCCUGCGGGUCCUGAGCAAGGCGGAUCCAGACUGGCUGUUCUGCUCACUGGGCUCCACGCAGGGCUUGGUUCCCAUCAUCUAUGUUACCCUCAAAAGCAUGGAGGACAGCCAGGAGGCCACUGGACUCGGGCGGCGCUGAGCCAACGCUGCCCCAAGACGAAUUCAUGCAAGCUGUUGAAGGCAAAAUGCUUUGGAGACAGAGGUUAUUCCUGCCACAUACCUACUGAAAACAAAAACCUGUUGAUGGCUGCUGUUGGAGAUAACUGUACACUGGGGGUGAUUCCCGAAAAAAAUAAAUAAAAACAUUGUAACAAACACGAUCAUUAUGAAGAGGAUGUACAGACACAUGCAAGGGAAGCAUGCAGGCUCCAACACAAACUCACAUCCACUUUGAGGGUACAUCCAGACAAGUAUGCAUGCAUACAUCCAAAAACCAAAAGACCAGACAAGAAACAAACCCAAAGACACUCCAACAAACCGCUUCUUUCUCUGCGUGCAGCUGUGCUACUAGCUUAAUUAUGACUGUCCAGUCGAUACAGUAUAUCAUCCACCUUUCCAUAAAACAAGGAGGGGUUACUCAUGGUUGGUAAACUUCCCAGUGUGAUUAUAUACCAUGCCUAGCUGCACUUUGCUGUACCGUCAGUACAUUCACCUAGCUGUGCCACACUUUUGAACACAGUGCUCAGUUAUUGCCCUCAGUCUAACGCUGGGUCGGUUUGAUGUCCUGUUGCUUAUUUGGUGCCGAUUUUAAUUAUACAUAGAAAUAGAAAACAGUGAAUCCUUGCUUUUUUUUUUGGUAAGAUUUAAAGUGGGUGGUGUAAAGGCAAAAAAAAAAGAGUCAACUUAUUGAUCCAUGUCUGCUCCAGUGGCAGAGGUGUGAGUCAGCAUAUUGUUAUUAGAAGAGUAGAAAACACACACAGGAGUUUGGAUGGCUGUUUGACCCAGGUGAAAGAAAAGCAAAGAGGAAUCUUUCCAUUCCCCGUCUUCUUAUUUGAUCACUCCUCGUCAAAGCCUCCCCUUUGCCUCACAAGACCCCACCACAGCUGGGAUGAAUCAGUGGUUAACAUUGUAUAAGUGCAUGCAACCCUGCAAACAUGUUCUUUUCCCCCCAACAAACCAGUUUCACAUGUGUUCCCGCCGAACCCUGCACCUCGGUUCCCUCCUUUAUCUGUCAUUAAAGGACACUUUCUUGAAGAAGACACAGCGGCUACAGUCUGAGCGGUGCAUUUUGAUCUAUUGGUAUGUACUGAAAAUGCAUACAUGACUUACACAUGUGGUGAGUUCCAUUUAUUUAUUGACCAGUUCCGUUAUCUGGGGGAAGCAUCUAAAUGGGCGGUUGCCAGAAAACAGGGAAGGAUGUCCAAUGAAAGCAAAGCUGUGGAGUGUGCGGAGGCCUUUUUUGAAUGUGUUGGGGAUCCAGCCUGGAAACUGUUAGCUGGCUAAAUUAUUGCUAAUUCUUAAUGUGUUGCAUUUAGAAAGGGGUAAAUGAUCUUAUCUAUGCCUUAAAACGCCUGAGGGGGAAAAGGGAGAAUUGCCCUGUUGGACACUUCAAGGCUAGUGAAUAUUUGUCCUGGCAGUAUAUUUUGUAUAUGCUAUGACGUGUCUAACUUGACAUUUUCCCCAGAUUUAUGUCUACAGAGAUUCUUUUUAACUUCAAAGAAAAUAGAGACGACAUAGAGAUGAUAUUUUUUGAUGCUUAAAGGGAAACCCCAACACAUUGGUUUGUGACGGUGGCUUUGUGGGCAUUCCUGUGUUAGUAUGUACAGUACAUGCUGCCUGUCAGGUGUAAAAUGUGGCCUUAGGUUCAAAAUGAGUUGAUAAAGAACUAAGAUUUGCGGCUAUAUACCUGGAUACAUGUUGAGCAUAUACAGAUGCCCAAUCCAAAUAUUACACAUUAUAAAAUGGUAAAAGUCUAUGUACAUUUAUUAAAUAAAUGAAUGCUUGUGUAGUUUUUGAAAAACUUACAUAGUGAUAAUUUUGCCAUUUUCACGUUCUUUUUGUUGCAUUAUUGUACAGUUUGUACAGUCAUUUAAUUUCAGCAAAGACAUUUUUAAACACUUCAUUUUCAUUGAACUGUAAAUAUAUUUAAAUCCUUCAGUGAUUCAUUUCUGCCAUAGAGCUAUAUAUGUAUGAAUGCUAUUACUGAUUUGUUAAUGCAUUUUAUGUUGAAUACAGGACGCAGGUGUAAGCUUCAGUUUCAGCGCUAACGACCAUAAUGACCGUGAAGUCAUAGUGGAAAGUAUAAUGAGUGGUGUCAUUUCCGGUCCUCCAGGUAGUUUGCUGUUCAUUGACAUCCUGUUAAGAGUUCACAUGUGGCAGACAGAAAUAAAAACAUAGUAGUGAUAAAACCAGAGAGACAUGGGGCUCAGGGGCAAGAGGCAAAGACAGAGUCACUUUUGGUUUGGCAUUCGGUUAGCUUAAAUGUUGUGCUUUAAAAUGCUACACUUGUAGGAGUGACAAGUUUGCAAGACUGUUUAUCUGCUUUCUCUCUCCCUGGCUGCCUCCUCCUGCCUGUAAAUACCUUCAGCAUCAGUGACACUGCUCUUCUCUCUGUGUCCAGGCUAUAUGAUGUAUAUGUAUGACAUUAUCAAACUACUAUGGAUGUUAAAUAACAAAGUGCUCAUGUGAUCACAAACGCAAA